GGAGAAAGUUCGCAAUGCUGCUUCUAUAACAGCAUGUAGCCGCAGCGUUGGAGCACAGCAGAACCCAGAACCGGAUCCGAAAUUCACCCGUGGUCCCUUUUAACGUUUUAGGAUUUUAUCAACCGACCGAAAAAGUCCGCAGAUAUGGGAGUUCCGGCUUUUUUCCGCUGGCUGAGCCGGAAGUACCCGUCGAUAAUCGUCCACUGUGUGGAGGAGAAGGGGAAGGAGUGUAACGGCGUUCGCAUCCCGGUGGACACGACCAAGCCGAAUCCCAACGAGGUGGAGUUUGAUAACCUGUACCUGGACAUGAACGGGAUCAUCCACCCGUGCACCCACCCUGAGGACAAGCCCGCUCCAAAGAAUGAGGAUGAGAUGAUGGUGGCGAUAUUUGAGUACAUCGACCGCCUGUUCAACAUCGUGCGCCCCAGGCGGGUUCUCUACAUGGCCAUCGACGGAGUGGCUCCCCGGGCCAAAAUGAACCAGCAGCGCUCCCGGCGGUUCCGGGCCUCCAAGGAGGGGGCGGAGCUGACGGAGGAGAAGAACCGCAUGAGGGAGGAGGUCACCCAGAGAGGAGGAUAUCUUCCACCAGAGGAGAUCAAGGAGCGAUUCGACAGCAACUGCAUCACUCCUGGCACAGAGUUCAUGGAUAACCUGGCUCAGUGUCUGCGUUACUACGUGGCGGAGCGGCUCAGCAACGACCCGGGAUGGAAGAACGUGGCGGUUUUCCUGUCUGACGCCAGCGUUCCAGGGGAAGGAGAACACAAGAUCAUGGAUUUCAUCAGGAGACAGAGAGCUCAGCCCAACCACGACCCGAACACACACCACUGCCUGUGUGGCGCAGACGCUGACCUCAUCAUGCUGGGCCUGGCCACCCAUGAGCCAAACUUCACCAUCAUCAGGGAGGAGUUCAAGCCCAACAAGCCGCGGCCGUGUUCGCUGUGCGGCCAGACGGGCCACGAGAUCAAGGACUGUCAGGGCGUGGCGCGCCAGAAGCAGGGAGAGCAUGAUGAGUUCGCCGGCGCCAUGCCUGCAGCCGAACAGGAGUUCAUCUUCAUCAGGCUCUGUGUCCUGAGGGAGUACCUGUCCAGAGAGCUGACCAUGGCCAGCCUGCCGUUCCCCUUUGACUUUGAGAGGAGCGUGGACGACUGGGUCUUCAUGUGCUUCUUCGUGGGAAACGACUUCCUGCCUCACCUUCCUUCCCUGGAGAUCAGAGAGGGCGCCAUCGACCGGCUGGUCAGCAUCUACAAGGACGUGGUGCACAAGACCGGAGGCUACCUGACGCAGAACGGGUUUGUGAACCUGGAGAGGGUGGAGAUGAUCAUGCAGGCGGUGGGCGUGGCCGAGGAUAACAUCUUCAGGAAGCGCAAAGAGGACGAUGAGAACUUCAAGAGGAGAAACAAGGAGAAACGCAAGAGGAUGAAGGCCGAGCAGCAGGGUCCGGCCUUCAUGACCUCGGGUCAGUUCGCCCCCCAGGCCCUGGGCAGGCGGGACCGUCCUGAGCCGGUCCACAACGCUCGCUACCAGGCCUACGACAUGAGGAUGCAGUCGGUCGAGCAGCACAACAAGGAUGCAGCUCAGUCCCUGAAGUCCAUGAUGAGGAACGGCGGCAGGUCGUCUGCAGGCGUGAGCGACGGCACAGAUCGAGGAGUCAAAAGGAAAACUGAGGACAGCGACAGCGAGCCGGAGCCCGAAGACAACGUCAGGCUGUGGGAGGACGGAUGGAAGCAGAGGUACUAUAAGACCAAGUUCGACGUGGACGUGUCCGACGACGGCUUCAGGAAGAAGGUGGUGCGCUCCUACGUGGAGGGGCUGUGCUGGGUGCUGCGCUACUACUACCAGGGCUGCGCCUCCUGGAAGUGGUUCUUCCCGUUCCACUACGCUCCGUUUGCCUCCGACUUCAGAGAUAUCCAGGGAAUGUUCUCGGAGUUUGAGAAGGACACCAAGCCAUUCAAGCCUCUGGAGCAGCUGAUGGGAGUGUUUCCUGCCGCCAGUGGCAACUUCCUGCCGCCCACAUGGAGGAACCUGAUGAUGAGCGCGGAUUCCUCCAUCAUCGACUUUUACCCCGACGACUUCGCCAUCGACUUGAACGGGAAGAAGUAUGCCUGGCAGGGCGUAGCCCUGCUGCCGUUUGUGGAUGAGCGUCGACUGAGGGCAGCUCUGGCCGACGUUUACCCCGACCUGACGCCCGACGAAGUGCGGAGGAACAGUCUGGGCAGCGACAUCUUGUUCCUGGGCAGAUCUCACCCGCUGUUCGACUUCAUCCAUGAGCUGUACCGCUCAGAGACCCAGGAGGAGGCGCCGGUUCCGGCGGAGCUCUGCCACGGCAUCCAGGGAACGCUGAACCUGGACGAAGACCCCAUCCUUCCAGACGAGACGGUGAAGUCGCCCGUUCCUCUGCUCAGAGACAUUUCACUCAACAGCGCCAUCAAUGUGAAGUUCAGGGACCCUCAGUUCGCUGAAGGCUUCGUGUUCAAAGCGGUUCUGCUGCCGGGAGCCAAGAUGCCCAGCAAGGUGCUGAAACCAGAGGACUAUGAGCGGGGGGCCCGGGGGCCCUGGAGGCCCCAGCUGGGCUUCAACCCCAACAGGCAGCAGGCCCACCUGGACCAGUCCGGCUUCCGGGCGCUGGGCCACAGCCUGCCCAGAGCCCAGCAGUUCAGAGGUCAGUACAGCAACACUGCACCGCCCAGCAGCUACCACCAGGGGAGCUACAGCCGCCACGCCCACAGCAGCGGCCAGCAGCACUUCCAGCAUUCCAGGCAGAACGCGCCGCAGCGUCCGCCGCCGUCCUUCAGCAGCGUUCCGCCGCCGUUCCCCAGGCAGCAGCAGCCGUACCGCGGCGGGGGCCACGGCUGGGACCGGGCCCUCCAGGCUCAGCAGUCUGCGUACCAGCAGAACCUGAGCCGCGGCGGGGUGGGACCGGGCGGCUACCAGCAGCGCUACGGCCAGCACCGGGAAGACUGGAGCGAUCGCCGUGACAACCGGGGCCAGCAGCAGGCCAGAGGAUUCCCUCUCCCUCCUCCAUCCAGAAAUAUCCGCUGGAAUAACUGAAUUUUCCAGGAUGGGAAAAUUUUUUUAAUGUUUUAAUUUUCUCUGUAUAAUAUUUUCAUCUUUUUAAAACCAGCUUGUAAUCCGUGCUGUUGAAGUUUUGUUUCUGAAGAAAUUGUGGAAUAAAACAAAUGUUGCUGGGA